GAAUCGGCAGAGCCCUGAGCACCGGGUAUUGUCGCCUCUGCCACGGGAAGUUCUCCUCCAGGAGCCUGCGCAAUGCCUUCGGGAAGGUGCCUGUGAUGGGGGAGAACUCGGAGAAGCAGCGCCGCGUGGAUCAAGUCUUCUUCACCGACUUCCAGCGGCUGGUCGGCGUGGCGGUGCGGCAGGACCCCGCGCUCCCCCAGUUCGUCUGCAAGAAAUGCCAUGCCCAGUUCUACAAAUGCCGCAGCGUCCUCAGGACGUUCAUCCAGAGGGUGAACGCGUCUCCCACGGGCCACGUGAAGUCGAAAGGAAAGUAUGUCGCGUUUCUUUCUUCCCGGGAGCGGUAGAUCGCCACCCCACCGUGCCUCGACCUGAUCACCUCCAGCCCGCAGUGCCUGCACAGCCUGGUGACGUGGACGCACACGCAUGCCGGGAGCUGCCCCUCGGUGCCCAGCCUGCGGAGCGUGCUCUCCUCCGAGUACUGCGGCAUCAUCCGCGCCGUCUGGGGCUGCGGGGACGGGCACGACUACGUCAUGGAUACGGAUUCGGACUGUAGCACGGUGCUUGUCGACAACGCCGUGUCUGUCAAACGGGAGUGGAACAAGAGCACGGCGCAGCACUUGACUGACAACGGGGCAGGGCCAGACAAUGCCGAGGCUGUUUCCGCUCCCAAACCCCAGCAUGCUCCAGUAAGGACAACUCCUUGCCAGCAGCCUGCAAACAAAGGGACCACAUCGGUGCCGCUGGACGUGGAGAACGAGCCGCCGCAGAACAGGGAUUCAUCUCACUCGCAAACGGGCAGCACGGCCCCCUGGCAGGAGAAAGCCCUCCCGCAGCCCGCGUCGCCACUGAGCAAUGCCACAGGACAGUUGAGUGGGAAGCAGGUUCUGUCUGCAACGUCGGAUGAGCGGGUAAAAGACGAGUUCAGUGACCUUUCUGAGGGGGACUUUCUGAGCGACGACGAAAUCGAGAAGAGAAACGUGCCAUCUUCUGAUGACUCCUUCGAGCCUUACCCUGAAAAGAAGGUUUCUAGCAAGAAAAGCGACAGCAAAGAAACAAAAAAGGCAGAAGAGCCCAAAAUAAGGAAGAAGCCGGGGCCUAAGCCAGGCUGGAAAAAAAAAAUCAAAUGCGAAAGGGAGGAGCUGCCAACCAUCUACAAGUGUCCUUACCAGGGAUGCACGGCUGUCUACAGGGGGGCGGAUGGCAUGAAGAAACACAUCAAAGAGCAUCACGAAGAGGUUCGGGAGAGGCCCUGUCCUCAUCCUGGCUGCAACAAGGUGUUCAUGAUCGACCGGUACCUGCAGCGCCACGUGAAGCUCAUUCACACAGAGGUACGUAAUUAUAUCUGUGAUGAAUGUGGGCAGACCUUUAAGCAACGCAAACACCUCUCGGUCCAUCAGAUGCGGCACUCGGGAGCAAAGCCCCUGCAGUGCGCAAUCUGUGGUUUCCAGUGCAGGCAGCGAGCAUCGCUCAAGUACCACAUGACCAAACACAAAGCCGAGGCAGAGCUGGAGUUUGCCUGCGACCAGUGUGGGAAGCGCUUCGAGAAGGCCCAUAACCUUAACGUCCACAUGUCCAUGGUGCACCCGCUGAUCCAGGUUCAGGACAAAGCCAAGCCACUGGACCCAGAGCCCAUUUUCCUCCUAAACACUUCAGGGACUUCAGAAAGCCAGGUGGUAAAAUCAGAAGUGAUUGCAGAGCAGGAGCCCACCUGAGGGGGACAGGGGUGCUUUCCCAGUCCAGCCCUGUAGAAACCAUACGGCAGAGUGGAGAUUUUUAAUCUACGUUUUAGGCUCCCAAAGAACUCAGUGGAAUUAGCUUCAGCUUGCUCAGAAA